UUAUGGUACUAGUAUUUUCCCGCCACAAUCCGACCUCAAUGAGUGUUUCAAACGACUUUCGAAUCGAAACAAAACCUAUGACAUACCGAAAAGUAGAACUUGAAGAGCAUUGAGGGAAUUGUCAUCAGCAUGGGGGAUUCGUCGAACUUGGCUGAUUUACUGCCUACUUACUAUGCCAGAUUAUUCCCUUUCCACGAUUAUUACCGGUGGCUGAGCUAUGGAAACGUGGGCAUAUUCACCCGUCGAGAAUUCUCGUUCACUCUGCAGGAUGAGAUAUAUCUUAGAUUUCAAUCGUUCAAGAGUGUUAAAGAGUUGUCGAGUGAGAUUAAAAGACUGAUCCCAUUUAAGAUAGACAUCGGUGCGGUAUACAACUUCUGUCCAAAGGAUCAGAGACAAAGUGCGAAUUUUCAACCCGUAGAGAGGGAGCUGGUAUUUGAUAUAGACAUGACAGACUACGACGAUGUAAGGACUUGUUGCAGUGGUGCAGAUAUCUGUUGCAAAUGCUGGAAGUACAUGACAAUUGCCUGUAAAAUUUUGGAUACCGCGUUGAGGGCGGAUUUUGGCUACAAGCACAUUCUAUGGGUAUUCUCUGGGAGGAGAGGUAUACAUUGUUGGGUAUGCGAUCCUGGUGCACGUAAUCUGAAUUCCUUGGAGCGUGGUGCAGUGGCAGAGUAUCUCCAGGUCUUAGACGGUGGAGAGUACAUGAAGAAGAAAGUGAAUCUACGUGGAGAAAGAAUACAUCACUCCAUCAAACGUGCCUUGGACAUGAUAGAACCUAUGUUUGUUCCCUUCUGUGUAGAGGAGCAAAACAUGUUGGGCACAGAAGAUGGAAUGAAUAAGUUUCUGCAAAUUAUUUCGGAUGACGACGACAAAGAGGUAGUGAAGACUUUAUUUGGUCAAUGCAAUUCUAGUAAAGACCGGUGGAAUGCCUUCUUGAAAUUUAUUAAAAGCAAGAAGGAAGCGGGAGAAAAGAAAUGGUACCAUCGUCAUCUGAUCGAGGAAAUAAUGAUACAGUACGCCUAUCCGAGAUUAGAUAUAAACGUCAGCAAAGGAAUGAACCAUCUUUUAAAGUCUCCGUUCUGCAUUCACCCGAAAACUGGAAAAGUUUGCAUACCAUUCACCAUGAACACGGUGGAUAAAUUUGAACCGGACAAAGUGCCAACACUCUCUACGCUCGUCGAAGAAAUAAACGAGUUCGACUUGAAGGAGAAGGCUGAGCAGGAGACCUAUGACUUGAACAAGAAGAGGAUAAAGGAUUACAAGAAAACUAGUCUGAAUAAAUCGUUCCGACUCUUCCAAGAAUUCAUCUGGAACCUCGAGAACGAUAGAAAGGGUCAGAAGAUCAAAGAAAGCGACGAGAAAAUGGAGUUCUAACUUGUAUCCUAAGUAUUCGAAAUACGUGUAAUAAUAAUGUAAAUUUAUGUUUUCAACGAGU